AUGUAUCGGAGUCAAUCGCGGGUAAGGCUUGUCUGUAGACUCUUCGAAGUCGGAGCUCUCGUUUUGGUUCUACAGAAUGUCACUGGAGUUGGCCGAUUCGUGGCUGGUGUAGAAUGGAACGACGGGGACAAGGUUCCUCGCCUAACGAGAUAUCGUUUGGCCAGCUUCCCCGGCGGAUUAGUCGGUCGGCGCCUUGCUGACGAGCCUCCAAGAGAGUGCGAGCGAAAAACGGACAAGUUAAAUCCCGCCUCAAGCUCCAGUGGCCGUUCGGCACAGAAUUUCCUUACAACUGCAUCGACGACUUUUGCAGCCCUUCGGUUUGUUACCAGUGUACCACGGAGUGGUGCUAUGGCGUCAGAGCGCUUCCGCGAUACAAUUCUGAAACACCCUGGCGACCCCGGCCGAAUCGCAGGGCUCAGGGGAACUCGGUCAGAGAUUCCAGAUCCGAAGGGAGUGGGAAGUGGUGGUCAGGUGCGCGGGCCUGCAUGUGCAGGGGGACGGCCCGGUCAAAGAAAUGAAUCUACACACAGCGCGAGGGAAGACGAUCCGCUCGAACGAACAUCGCGAGAGUUUCCAGGGACGUCACUGAGCGGAGGGUUUGCCGUAGCCGGUCCCAGCAGGUCUGGAGGGGCUCCCAACAAGCUGGCGAGAACCGCCCCCCUCCGCAUAGUAGACGCCCGGUGGGACCCACUACAACUUCUGCAGUUGGUGGCGAAAAAGAAACUGGAAAUCCUUCACUCACGAACGAGUCACUCGCUGCGGAGGCUCCUGGCACAUGAUCAGGCCGGGAAAUGGACUGCACAACUUAUACUCGCUGCAAUAAGAGAACGGAAUCGACGCGCGCGGUCCUCCCAACCCGCCGAAAGUACAGGUUCCGAAGGGGCAUCUGGUAGCACUGGUAAACCUUCCGAGGAAGGAACGAAACAAACGAAGAAGGCUACCCCUUCCGUCAGUGGGACACGCCCCGCCGCGCCGCACCCUCGACAGCCGGUUCCAGAUGGUGCGCAGGGCCUGGCGCGUCUUCGCCGUUUAAAAAAAAAGCAGCUCGUAAGCCGCGCCCCUCUUUUCGUGGAGGAUGACAAUUUACCACUAAGGGGCAUACUGGAUUUAGUGCAAAAGAAGGUUGAAAGGUCUUCGCCCAGAAAGUUGGCGCAACACGGAAACCUUAGAGCAGCUCUGUUACAGAAAAUCAUGAUACAGAAACUCGAUAAGGUCCGUCCCAUAGUCUUAAGCAUGGAGGAGGCGCGGGAAAAGGGGAAAAACCCUUUAGAAAGAGCUUCUGAGGAGAGUCCCAGCACUUCAGCUGCAGUUGCUAUGGAGAGUCCUAGCACUUCAGCUGCAGCUGCUACGAAGAGUCCUAGCUCUUCAGUUACGAAGAGGAAGAGAGAGGACGACGAAGAUGGGACUCAGUAG